AUGCCGCCCAAAUAUAGUCACUAUUACGCUGUAGUUCGACACUUCAACACAUCGAUAGAUGGACGCUUCUUUUCUGGUGUAUGGGUGAAAAGUGAAAAAAACAUCGAUUACAUAAGCGAAGAUAAGGUCCUCGGCCUGGCCACAUUCGUGGGGAAUCACAAUUGA